AUGCGGCAACUUACUGCUUUGCUGGCCUUGGGCACUGUCGCCUCCUUAUUCAUUACUUCUACCCAAGCUCACGUCACGUCAGGGAGAGAGCGCUAUGGAGUCAUUGGCUAUGGCAUUGUCAUGUACGACCCGCCGUGCGCCUACGCGUGCAUCGACAUGGCGAACAGCUGGAACCUCGACUGCGCCCACGAGCACACGGACGGCAUGGACAUGGGCGGGAUGCACAUGAGCUCGGUAACCCCCGAGUGCAAAGCCACGAGUGAUCCGUUUCUCCAGACCUUGGCCUGGUGUUUCUACACCCACUGUCCCGGGGCGAGCAACUCCACACUGGAGAGGGUCUGGGAGAUGGACAUUGUUGGCCGCAAGGCUGUCCAGCCUGCGCCGGCAUACUCGUACCAAGUCGCACUCUCCCGCGUAGCACAGGCGCCGCCGACCUCUAUUCUAGCCUCCGACGCCACGCUGAACACAACCUCCCUGGUUGACGAGGAGGCCUGGCUGGGCAAGUUCAAUGGUGACGAGGCGUUUGAGAGGAUGGAGAUCAGGGCCUCAACAUUUGGCUGCGUCGGCAUCCCCAUUGUGUUUUCUUGGUUCCGCUUCCUACCCCUGAAUCCGGUCGUGGUGUCUAAAUUCUACGCCACCUUCAUCGACCCUCCUUUAUUUGGAAACCACCACUCAGCCCCGGUCCUAGGAUUCGGUUUUGUGCCGACGAGAGGUCAGGGGCUCUUCAUCGCCUACAUCUGGAUUAUCAACAUCAUCGUCUCCUCGGUGGGCUACGAAGUACGGGACCCAAUGUCCUGGUACCCGACCGUGGAGCGGCAGCUCGUCGUAUACAUCAGCAACCGCGUGGGAGUCUUCAGCUUUGUCAACCUCGCCCUCGCCGUGCUCUUCUCCAGCCGCAACAAUGUGCUGCUGUUCGUUACGAAUUGGUCUCACUCCACCUUCCUCCUCGUCCACCGCUGGAUCUCCGUCAUCUGCAUGUUGCAGGCCUGCUUGCACUCGGCCAUCUAUCUACAGUACUACCUCGACCCCCUGGCCGGCGAGGGCGCCCACGCAGAGCAGAGCAAGCUGGACUACUGGAUCUGGGGCAUUGUAGGCACGCUGGCCCUGGCGCUGCUCAUGCCGCUGUCUGUCCUCCCGCUGCGCAGGAAGCUGUACGAGGUCUUCCUCGCCACCCACGUGGUCCUCGCCGUCCUGGCCAUGAUCGGCUGCAUGCUGCACAUCUACUACCGGUACGAGUGGCAAUGGGGGUACCAGACUUGGGUUUGGAUUAGCUUUGCCUUUUGGCUGUUUGACCGUUUCUUGGCUCGGCCUCUAAGGCUGGCGCGGAACGGCGUCAAACGAGCUUUUGUCACUGUCAUUGACGAGGAUUACCUACAAGUGGAUAUCCCCGGGGUCGAAGGCGAGGGCCAUGCGUACCUGUACUUCCCAACACUGACAUGGCGGGUCUGGGAAAACCACCCCUUUUCCGUGGCCGCCCAACAACAACAACAGCAGCAGCAGCAACACCACCCCCCCACAACCACACCCCCAACCACCUCCCUCACCCACCCCAACCUCCUCUGCAUCGCCGGCGGCGUGGGUGUCACAGGGGUGCUACGUUUCCUGCCGACCAGUCCUACUUCUUCUAAGGGGGGUGAUAGCAGGCCCAGGGCCGGGGGGAAGGUGAAGCUGUUUUGGGGGAUGCGGGCCGAGAGCGGGGCGUUGGUGCGUGCGGUUAGGGGGGUGGUUGGUGCUGGUGUGGGGGGUGUUGCUGCUGCUGUUGCUGUUGGGGUGGGUGGUGGUGGUGGUGGUAAGGGGGGUGGGUUUGACGGAAAGGGGGAUGGGUUUGAUGCCGGGCGGGGUGAGAAGGGGGGAGGGGUGGGGAGCGUCGAAAUGGCAGCGACGACGGCAACGACGACGACGGAGAUGUGGGGCGGUGCUGAGGUGACUAUCUCGGCGGGGAGGCGGUUCGAUAUCGGUGCGUUGCUGGAGCGGGAACUGCUGCCGUCGGGUGAGGGCCGUGGUGUGGCGGUGGCGGCGGGGAUGGGUACGACGGUGGUGGUGUGCGGGCCCGCGGCUAUGGCUGACGAGGUUAGGGUUGCGGUGGCGAGGUUGGGGCGGCGCGGGGUGGUGGUGCGGUUGAUUGAGGAGAGUUUCACUUGGUAG